UGACCAUUCCAGCCACUAAUCUGAAGUUUCUGGUUCUCGGGUCUGUUCUUGAAUCUUGAUAUGACCUCUGGACUUCUCAGCUUAUUUUGAUUUACUGCAACGUGGUUAAGGUGAACACUUUGUUGCUAUUUUCUUCUAAAACAUUGCAUCUGGGUAUUAAAGUUUGAAGCUUUUCAAUUGUUUGUGUUUGUUGUCAUUGGAUUGUGAUGGAUGCAAAUGGUAAUGCUCCAAAGACUAGCACUGGAGAAAUUAGCACAGCGGAGAACAAGAAAGCGGCAAGUGAGGUGGUUGUUGUGAUCUCUGGUGAUGAAAAAGAUUCAGGGAAUCUGCAUAAUGAUGUGAGGGAUCAAAAGGCUAAACCUUCAUCUGAUUCUCAUUCGCCCCGUGUCCCAGUGACUUGUUCCUCCCCUGAGAAUGCGACAUUCAGCCCGAGUGCCAAUAAGCCUCCCAAAAUACCCAAUUCAGGCCUCACUCGGCGUAAGUCACUUGCAAGAUCUGUGUACUCGAAACCCAAAUCAAGAUUUGGUGAACAACCCGUGACUAUUGAUCAUGAUAUGUUUGAUGAGCAAGUUGAGCAAACCUAUGCAAAUGCGUCUAAUCGUGCUUCGCCUAUCAACAAAUUGGGUUCGGGUUCGUACAAAGAGACUGCAAGGACUGUUUCAGUGUGCGUUACCCCCAAAACACCGUUGAUGGCAUCACCGGGGGGCGGUUUUGGAGGCGAUGAUGAACACGAGGAGAUAUACAAGAAAGUUAAAGUGAGGGAGAAGUUGAGGCUUAGGAAAGUGAAACUGAGAGUUCUAAGUGAAUGGUCAUUAUUUUUUUGCCUUUUAGGGUGUCUGAUUGCUAGCCUGACGGUUAAUAAGGUGCAAAAAUGGAGAAUUUGGGAUUUGGAGAUCUGGAAGUGGAUAACACUUGUUAUGGUGACCUUAAAUGGACUGUUGGUCACGAAAUGGUUCAUCCAUUUUCUCGCCUUGUUGAUUGAGCUGAACUUUCUGAUGAGGAAGAAGGUGUUGUACUUUGUUUACAGUUUGAAGAAGAGCGUUCGGGUCUGUCUUUGGCUGAGUCUGGUCCUUGUCACUUGGGUUUCCCUCUUCACACACGGAGUUCGGAGAUCACGUGUUGCCAACCGAGUUUUGGAUUACAUUACUUGGACAAUCGCUUCGUUGGUUAUUGGCGCUUUUUUGUGGCUCGUGAAGACUCUACUGCUUAAGAUCUUGGCGUCCUCUUUUCAUGUGAACACGUUCUUCGACAGAAUCCAAGAAUCGAUAUUUCAUCAGUACAUUCUAUUGACCCUUUCGGGGGCUGCUGUUAUGGAGUCUGCGGGGAUGAUUAGGAGAACAAACAGUACUAUCAGUCAGCUUAGUUUCCAAAGGACAAAGAAGGGAAAGGACGGGAAGGAGAAGAAAGAGAAAGAAGUUAUCGAUAUUAAUAAGCUCCAUCAGAUGAAGAGGGAGAAGGUAUCUGCGUGGACAAUGAAAAUGUUAGUCGAUGUCAUUUCUAAUACGGGGCUGUCCACCAUCUCUGGUUCGUUCGAUGAAGCCACCUUUGAUGGAGAAUAUGAACAACCCGAUAAGGAGAUUACUAACGAAGAGGAAGCACUUGCUGCUGCAUAUCACAUUUUCAGGAAUGUUGCACAGCCGGGUUCCAAGUAUAUCGAUGAGUUUGACCUAAGGAGAUUCUUGAUUAAAGAAGAGGUGGAUAUGGUGUUCCCUAUGAUAGAUGUGGCUGAGACUGGACAAAUUGACAGGAAAACUUUGACAGAGUGGGUGGUUAAGGUUUACAAGGACCGCAAAACGCUAGUGCAUGCUUUAAACGAUACGAAAACAGCUGUCAGGCAGUUGGGCAAGCUUGUCACAGGGAUUCUGUUAAUUGUAAUAAUAAUCAUAUGGCUUCUGUUAGUGGGGAUAGCUACUACGAAAGUAAUCUUCUUUCUGUCAUCCCAACUUGUCGUUGCUGCUUUUAUGUUCGGGAACACUUGCAAGAUUAUCUUCGAAGCUAUUGUCUUCGUGUUUGUGAUGCAUCCAUUUGAUGUUGGCGAUCGCUGUGUCAUUGACGGGGUUCAGAUGAUUGUCGAGGAAAUGAACAUCUUAACAACUAUCUUCUUGAGAUACGACAACGAAAAAAUAUACUAUCCAAAUUCCGUCUUGGCUACUAAGCCCAUCAGCAAUUACAAGAGAAGUCCUGAUAUGAGUGAUUCCUUCGAGUUCUCAAUCGAUUUCAGGACACCUGUGGAGAAGAUCGGAACUCUAAACGAAAAAGUAAAGAAGUAUAUAGAAAAAUCCCCUCUUUGGCACGCCAAUCACAACUUGGUGGUGAAGGAGAUUGAAAACAUGAAUAAAAUAAAGAUGGCCUUAUAUUUCAAUCAUACGAUGAACUUUCAAGAUUUCGGGGAGAAAAACAAGCGGAGAACUGGACUGAUCCUAGAAAUGAAGAAAAUGUUCGAGGAUCUGAAUAUCAGAUAUGAUCUUCUUCCUCAAGAAGUUCAUCUUGUUGAGUCAAAAGCUACAAGCGGGAGAAGUAAAUGACUUUGUUCCCUCUCCCGCUAAUGGAGUUUGAUUUGCGGUAAGGUUUUGAAAAUUUUCGCGUCGGCAGCGAGGUGAAUGGCUAUGUUUGAACUGUGAAGAUAUGAUUUUUAGUCAUGGCUAGAUGCAAGGCUAAAUUUCUGCUGCUACUAAUGCUAGUGGAUAGAUAGAUUGUAGGUGCAACCAAAGCAAGGGUUAGAGAAGGAAUGUUUUGGUGUUGUUUGAGAAUUUUGAUUAACCAUCUCUUGAACAAUGAAGGUUGCUAAUAGGUUAUCGUCUUAGUUUCAUUCAUCUCUUCUUGGUUGGUGUUAUUAGUUUCUUUCAGUUUAAUUCUAGCUUCCUUGAGUGCCAUUCUUUGGUGCAAAAAUGUUGAAUUCCGCCAACCCCAAGCUCGUUUGAUUUGUGUGAGGCUUCCGUGAGUUUCAAGGGGCUAUUCUUUGGUGGAACCCCAAGCUCGUUUGGUUUGUGUGAGGCUCUCGUGAAUUUCAAGGGACCAUUAUUUGGUGGAGAAAAGGUUGAAUUCUGUCAACUCCAAGCUCGUUUGGUUUGAGUGGGGCUUAUGUAAGUUUUAAGGUGCCAUUAUUUGGUGGGAAAAAAAAGUUGAAUUCUGCCAAAUCCAUGCUCGUUUGGUUUGUAUGAGGUUCCUUUGAAUUUUAAGGCGCUAAAUGGCUUGCAUCAGCUCUAAUGCCAUUUGGUGAAAAGAGAUUGAAUUAUGCAUGACAGGUAAAUAUCCAGAGUACUUAAAAGAGGUUGGGAGUGAAAGUUGGUCGUUUCUAGGUUCCAACUUUUGUCUAUUCCUUUUUAGUGGAAUGUAUGAUUAUUUCCGUGACUAUUGAACCAACUCGAGGGGUCUUUAAUGCCAUUAUUUGGUUAGGCCUUUUUUGGCGUUUUUA